AUGUCUCUUGGAGUUGCUUCUGUUCAUGAGCGACCUUGUGCAAACUUUGGUCCUAGCAAUUGGCAGGAUACCUUCCUUCACUAUGCUGAUUCACAAUCUUUGGGAGUGAACGAAAGUAUGAAAGAAGAAGUUCAAAUAUACAAAGAGAAAGUGAAGAUGUAUCUAUCUUCUAAUGACAAUAAUAUCAUACAAAAACUAAGUUUAAUUGACUCAAUUCAACGUUUGAGUAUAUCUUAUCAUUUUGAACGUGAAAUUGAUGAGAUAUUAGUACAAGCCCACAAUGAUUUUAUCAACAAUGGCUUUGCUACAGAGGAUCAUGACCUUCACUUUAUUGCAUUACGUUUUCGUUUACUCCGACAAAAGGGAUAUUAUAUUUCAUCAGAUAUUUUCAACAAAUUCAAGAAUAAAAAGGGAGAAUUCAAUGAGCUAGCUAUUGUUCAAGAUGCUAAAGGAAUAUGGAGUUUAUAUGAGGCUGCACAAUUAAGGGUUUAUGGGGAAGAUAUAUUAGAGGAAGCACAUGAAUUCACAUACAAUAAACUUAACUCCAUCACCAAUCAAUUGAACCCAUCUUUGGCUGACCAAAUCAAUCAGAGUUUAGAACAACCUCUUCACAGGGCAGUUUUAAGAAUGAGGGCAAGGUCAUAUAUGUCUUUCUACGAACAAGAUCCUUUGCAUGACAAAGUUCUUCUAAACCUUGCAAAACUAAAUUUCGAUAUGCUACAGAAAUGGUAUCAAAAAGAAAUUGGUAUUACCACCAAAUGGUGGAGAAAUUCAGAGUUUGGGACAAAGGUCCCUUAUGCAAGAGAGAGGAUAGUUGAGUUAUACUUUUGGCCAUUUGCUAUGAACUCUGAGUUUAAAUAUACUACUUUUAGAGUUGUGACAACCAAAGUGAAUCAAUGGAUGACUAUAGUUGAUGAUACUUAUGAUGCUUAUGGAACAAUUCAAGAACUUGAGCUCCUCACACUGGCAAUUCAAAGAUGGGAUAUUAGUUACAUUGCAUCUCUUCCAGAGUGUUUCAAAACUAUUUUUAAUGCAAUUUUGGAAGUCACCGAUGAAAUAAUAGAGUUGAGUAGUGCUAGAAAUGGAGAAUCAAAUUUGGUGUUGCAAUGUGUUAAACAGGCGUUGUCUCAUUAUGUACAAGGUUAUAUUGUUGAAGCAAAAUGGUGCUAUGAGAGUUAUGUUCCGACAUAUGAUGAGUACAAGAUUAACGCAGCUUCAAAUUUAGGAUACCAAAUGCUUGCAAUAACAUUUAUUGCUUUGGGAGAAUUCGCAACCAAAGAAACUCUUCAUUGGAUUUCUAAUAAUAUUCCUCUCAUCCUACAAGCUUCGUCACUUGUUGCCAGGCUCACAAAUGAUUUGGCUUCACAUAAGAAAAUCAAUGCUUCACUUUCAAGAAGGGAGCUUCUCUCAAAAGACCAAUGCUUCUUGUCUCACUGAAAAUUCCGUCGACGACUAUUGGUGGUGCGACCUAAACUGGUCAACAAACCGAUAGAAGCUCGCUCACCGAUUGUGGCAUCUGCUUUGGGUGUAAUGUAAUGGAUAGAAAGGUGGCCAUAUCUACUAAUGAAAUAGGGACGACAAAACCAAGGUUUUCAGUCCCUCUCCAUGGGUAAAUCGGCUAUGGUUCUCCAGAA